ACAACACACCUUCAAUUACCGAGCUCACAAGCACACCAUCCCGUUCCGUGUUAGAAUCACAAAUUACCUCCCACCCUCUGUUCCAAUCACAUCGUCAAAACUCCUCAUUCUACGAGACCCGUCCUCACGAGACAAUGGACGCGUCUCUGAAACCCUACCAUCUCGUCGCGGGCGCGUUGGCCGGCUCAGCUAAGAUCCCCCUGCCACCGUACAUGUUCUACUCAAAAGCGUCGAAUGAACUCGUUUCCUUUUUCUACAUCGGACCUGAACUAUGUGGCCAUCCGGGCUUCGUCCAUGGAGGUCUGUUGUCGGUGAUGUUUGACGAAGUGUUUGCGAGGCUGGCCAUGCCGAAUUUUAAGAGCAAGUUGGGCGUUACGGCGAAUUUGAGCGUGGAUUAUCGCGCGCCAGCGAGGCCGGGCGAGUGGUAUGCGUUGAAGUCGAGGACGGUUAGCGUGGAGGGGAGGAAGGCGUGGGUGGAAGGCAAGUUGGAGAUGUUGGCGAGAGGGGACGGCAAUGGAAAUGAGGGGGAGGGGGAGAGUGUGGUGGUUGCCGAGGGAAAGUCGUUGUUUGUGGAGCCGAAGUUUGCGGAUUCUAUGCCCUCGUUAUAUAAGAGCUGAGAUGGGAUAAGUACCCUUCAGACGGACUGAUCCCGGAGAGGACCGGACCUGGUGGCCUCGGGCACUGAUCCGCUACUCAGUUUACAACAGUUGAAUUAACUACUAGUAUGGGGUUAUUUAUAAUCCGGUUUAGAUACGGCUUGCUUUUUUUGAUUUUCUCAUUUGAUGGAAUACGUUACCCUCAUCAUUUGCAUGAUAGACAGAUAGAUUAUAGACAUAGACUUGGGUAGAUAGAUAAUUAAACAAAGCAAUAUUAU